AAAAAAAAAUAGUUAUAACAGCUAAAUAACCAUUCAACCCAAAAUGGUGCGCAGUCGUCGCAGUUUGUCCAAGGAGGAUGCCGUCUCCCUGCAUACAGACAGUGGGAUCUCGCUCUCCUCGCCCCCCACGGAUCGAUGUUCUUCCCCGGUUCUUGUUACACCAUCGGCCAUCAAGCGGCGGAAGAGCAGCUUGGCCAGUUUGCGGGACACCUGUGCGGAUGAGGACGAAGAAGGUGCUGGCGAGCAGGACUUAAAAGAUGCCGACUACAUCCAGCCUCCGCCAAAGAAGGCUAUCCGCGGAAAGCCAGAAGCCGUAAAACGGAAGCACCACGUCUGCAGCCUCUGUUCCAAGGAAUUUGGCGGCAAAACGGACUUGCAGCGCCACAUGCUCAUCCACUCGGACGAGCGGCCGCACAAGUGCUCCGUCUGCGGGAAGAGCUACCGCCAGGCGGUCAACCUGAAGAACCAUAUCACCACCGCUCACGAGCACCGCAAACAGUUCGCUUGCCCCCAGUGCCCCAAGUCUUUUGCCCUGAAAGAACGCCUGCGCCUCCACAUGCGACUCCACUCCGGCGAGAAGCCCUAUCCGUGUGCCCUAUGCGACAAAAAGUUUGCCAGAGGUGGACAGCUUCAGCAACAUAUGGUUUCGCAUCACAAGACCAGUAUUCAGCAAUUCAAUUGCACCAAGUGCUCGGCCAGCUUCUCCACGAACGCCAAUCUUCGGGUCCACAUGGAAAGGCAUGAGCAGGGCAUGGAGCAUCGAUGCCAAGUCUGCGAUAGCCAGUUUGCGAACGAGUUGGCCCUGCGUGCCCACAUCAACCAGGAACACCACAAGCUCACGCAGCUGGACUGUGAGGUCUGCCACAAGGCUAUCGAACCGGAUGAGGAUCUUGCCAGUCAUAUGCAAAAGCACGCAGCGGUCAAAACGCAUGUGUGCGAAGUCUGCAAUUCCUAUUUUACCCAAAAAAGCCAGUAUAAUGUCCACAUGCGAAUGCACACGGGAGAGCGACCGUACCAGUGCAGGAUCUGCCAUCAGACGUUUGCCCACUCCAGCGUUUUAAAGCUGCAUAUCCGCAAGCACACUGGCGAGAAACCAUUUCGCUGUCAGCUGUGCGAGGACGAAGUAGCCUUCUCCCAACUGGCGCACCUCAAGAACCACAUGAAGAAGAUCCACAAGCAGCAGAAGCCGUACAUGUGCGAAGGCUGCCACGAGUUCUUUAAGAUCAAGGUGGAGCUACAGGCCCAUGCUGAGCAAUGCGCCAAAUGCCCUGGAAGUGGAGGCGAUUCGGUAGAUCCGCAGUCCGAUGAUUCGCUGGUACUCUCCAGAAUCCGCUUCAAUAUGGCGGUGGUGUUGAAGAAGAUAAGCUCGGCCCAGAAGCUGCGCCAGUUGGGUUAUGAAAAGCGGCUGAUUGAUAACGUGGUCAUAGCCUCUCUGAAGCUGGCCCAACGAACCACGCACGACGACGUCAAGCUGACACCACUGGCAAGGUUACGCCUGAAUGUUGAGGAGUUCCUCAAAUGGAUUGUGCCGGCACCCACAAUGAAGAAAUUCAGCGAAGAGAUGCUGUCCGUUGACACCAUUCUCGAUAAGAUUGCGACCAUGUAUAUGAAGCAGAAGUAGAAACCAGGACGUUGCUAGCCAACCAAAUCGCGAGAGUGCCAUAGAAGGAUUCGUAGAACUAGUUCUUGCCAUUUAGUUUAGAUUUUGUAAGCCCAAAGUUGAAAACCAACCCAAAGAUGUAUACUUUUUAGUUCCGAACCUUAGUCACAAUUGUGCUGCUACCAAAAACGAAACUUAUUUGAAAUAUUUGUACUAGUUUUAAGUUAGAACCAAAACCAACCAACUAUCAAAAAAUAUGGAGUUAAACUUUAUUUCGAUAUGCAAUACAUUAUUUAAUAAGUUGAAGGACAGACUUCCGCCAAUAUUCUUUCGUAUUAAGUCUUGCCAGAGCGGAGGAUUACCCUAGUAUUGAUCUAAUAGCUCAAGUACAAUUCAAAUCAUUGUGGCCAUGCAAAUAUAACGAAUGUGCUUAAUGCAUUUAGCUUGCCGUUCUUCUCCCAACCUCUAACCUCUUCCCUCUAGACUCUAGACUAACUCGAAAAUGUACAAGAAAUUGUGUAAAAAAGUGCAAACCCAUGUGUACAACAAAAUAAAUGAAACGUUAAUCAAAAAA